AUGUCUGAUAUCCGCAGAAAACUCGUCAUUGUUGGUGAUGGUGCUUGCGGAAAGACCUGCUUGCUCAUCGUUUUCUCGAAAGGAACGUUCCCAGAGGUUUACGUCCCUACUGUCUUCGAGAAUUACGUCGCCGAUGUGGAGGUCGACGGCAAGCACGUCGAACUAGCGCUCUGGGAUACCGCCGGCCAGGAAGAUUACGAUCGUCUCCGCCCGCUGUCCUACCCCGACUCCCACGUCAUCCUCAUCUGCUUCGCGGUGGACUCUCCCGACUCCUUGGACAACGUGCAGGAGAAGUGGAUUUCUGAGGUUAUGCACUUCUGCGCGGGCCUGCCCAUCAUUCUCGUUGGUUGUAAGAAGGAUCUCAGACGCGACCCAAGAGUGAUUGAGGAGCUCCGGAAGACGAACCAGCGGCCAGUUACCCCAGAGGAGGGUAUGGCGGUUGCGCAGAAGAUCGGUGCCAGACACUAUCUCGAGUGCUCCGCCAAGACUGGCGAGGGCGUGCGCGAGGUCUUCCAGUAUGCCACCCGCGCCGCGCUCCUCAGCAGGCCGAAGGGCGGGAAGAAGCAUCACUGCGUGGUCUUGUAG